CCCGGAGCCCUGAUCAUGCCACACCCACUCCCUUACCUGCUCCUGUUUCAGUCAGGAGGGUGGAGCAGCAACAGGUGCAACACUAUAAAAAAAGAUCUUUGUACCCGGAAGGGAAAAAAACCCCAUGACAAUAAGCGACUCUUCGUGCAGGACAAACCCACUAUGACUAUCCAGCAGGAAUUUGAGGACCAGUUCAACGAUGUGGUCUCCAGACUGCAGUCGAAGCAGAUGUUCCAGUCUGACUGGGACAUCGCUUCUUUUGCCAUCUUCUUUAUCUUCAUUGGCGUGGUUCUCACGUUGGUCUUGCUGGUUCUGAUCCGGUGCUGCUGCUGCUGCUGCGGUUGCUGUGACGAUGAAAAGCCACACAGAAGAAAGGUCGGCAUAGAGAACUACGGCAUGGAGCCCUGAGCGACCCGGUCCGACCGGCGGGAGGUCCAGCAGAACCUCCUCAUCCUCUUCCUGUGCCAAAACGCACACUGGAAUCAAAACUCUUCAGACAGAAUGUAAUUCCUGCACAAUGUUGUUUAGCCAAAUGGAAAGUUAGCACACGUGAUUGUUUUUUUUUUCCCACUCGCAGCUUUGUGGGUUUUGUUGCCAGGUUACCACAGAGCAGCUGGGAGACCUGUAUAUAGAUUUGCUAAAAAUGAUUCAAAUUUAUUUUAAGGUUUGUAUUGAGUAAUAAAGCAGUUUAUUGUUUG